AUGACGGCAAUGUACCGCUGGACCCGCGUCCGCACCCUCGCCAUCACCCUUACCUUCGGCGGCUGCCUCCUCUACUACUUCUACACAUCAUGGGCCCGCUCCGAGUCCGCCGCCCUCGAGCGCUACAUGAACCUGCACAACAUCGCCCCUCCCCCGGCCACCCCACAGUCCAGCUUCGACUGGUCCUCGGUGUCGUACAAAUACCCUCCCAAGACGCCGAUGACCCCGCUGCCCAAGGGCCGCCGCCCCUCCCUCCCGCGCGUGCAGCACCAGUUCCCCGCCGAGUCCGCCGCCGCCGCCCGGCUCCGGGAGGCCCGCCGGCACGAGGUCCGCGAGCUGUUCAGGCGCGACUGGGCGAACUACAAAAAGUACGCCUGGAUGAAGGACGCGCUCAACCCCAUCUCCGCGACCGCCAAGGACCAGUUUUCCGGGUGGGCCGCGACGCUGGUGGACUCGCUCGACGUGCUUUGGAUCAUGGGACUGAAGGCGGAGUUUGAGGAGGCUGUCGCUGCUGUUGCGACGAUUGACUUUGGAUUCACGAAUUCGGACCGCGUGAACACGUUUGAGACUAAUAUUCGGUAUCUCGGCGGCUUGAUGGCCGCUUAUGACCUCAGUAAGAGGAAGGUCUUGCUCGAUAAGGCUGUUCAGCUUGGCGACCUGCUUUACGGCGCGUUCAAUACCGAGCAUCGCAUGCCCGUGGACUUCAUCAACUUUAACGACGCGAAAGCAGGAACCGGCUUGGAUGUAGAGAGCUCUGUCGUCUCAGCGUCGCCCGGGACGCUCUCACUAGAGAUGACGCGCUUGUCGCAGCUUACGGGCAACCCAAAGUACUACGACGCCAUGUCUAAAGUCAUGGACCUCUUCCACGAGGGCCAGAAGAAGACCAAGAUCCCGGGCAUGUGGCCCAUGUUCGUGUCCAUGAGGAAUCGCGACGUCGUUUCGGGCUCGCAGUUCACCAUCGCUGGCUGCGCAGACUCGCUGUACGAGUACCUCCCCAAGAUGCAAGCGCUCCUCGGCGGGCUGGAACCCAUGUACGAGGACAUGACGGAGGCUUUUCUCAAGGCUGCCAACGAGUCCCUUUUCUUCCGGCCCAUGCUUCCGGGCAACGAGAACAUCCUCAUCUCGGGCAACGCCAACGUCGACAUUGACGGAAAACUGUUCCUCGACCCGGAGAGCGAGCAUUUAGCCUGUUUUAUCGGCGGCAUCUACGCCCUGGCCGGGAGAUUACUCGGCAAGGAGGAAUGGGUGACGAUCGGGGCGCGACUCACGCUGGGAUGCUACUACGCGUACCAGGCCAUGCCGACGGGCAUGAUGCCGGAACGCUUCAACAUGCUCGCGUGCCCGCGCAGGGACGAUUGCAAGUGGGACGAGGACCGGUGGGAGAAAGAGAAGAGGCUGCGGCCCGAGUUCAAGGAGCACCUCCCCAAGGGCUUCACCACCGCCAAGGAUGCGCGGUACAUUCUGCGCCCGGAAGCCAUUGAGAGCGUCUUUGUGCUGUACCGCAUCACGGGCGACCGGGGCUUCCAGGACGCGGCGUGGGAGAUGUGGAAGGCCGUUAGCAACGGGACGCUCGUGGAGCAUGGGAAUGCAGCGGUGCUGGAUGUCACGAAGAAGGCGGACCCGCUGCCCAAGGAGGACUACAUGGAGAGUUUCUGGCUUGCGGAGACGUUGAAGUACUUCUACCUCGUCUUCUCGCCGCCUGACCUCAUCAGCCUCGAUGAGUACGUCCUCAACACAGAGGCCCAUCCCUUCCGGAGACCCCACUGA